GACAAAACAUUUGGCCUAAAGAAUAAAAAAGGUGCAAAACAACAGAAAUUUAUCAAGGCUGUGACUCACCAGGUUAAAUUUGGUCAGCAAAAUCCACGUCAGGCUGCUCAAACAGAAAGUGAGAAGAAACUAAAAAAAGAAGAUAAGAAAAAAGAAUUACAAGAAUUAAAUGAACUCUUUAAGCCUGUGGUUGCUGCACAGAAAAUUAGCAAAGGUGCUGACCCCAAAUCUGUAGUUUGUGCAUUCUUCAAGCAAGGACAGUGUACGAAAGGAGACAAGUGCAAGUUUUCUCAUGAUUUGUCUUUGGAAAGGAAGUGUGAAAAACGAAGUGUCUACAUUGAUGCAAGAGAUGAAGACCUUGAAAAAGAUACAAUGGAUAACUGGGAUGAGAAGAAGCUGGAAGAAGUGGUGAACAAGAAGCAUGGUGAGGCCGAGAAGAAAAAACCCAAAACUCAAAUAGUCUGCAAAUAUUUCCUUGAUGCUAUUGAAAACAACAAAUAUGGAUGGUUUUGGGUCUGUCCAGGUGGAGGAGACAACUGCAUGUAUCGCCAUGCUCUUCCUCCAGGUUUUGUAUUAAAAAAAGACAAAAAGAAGGAGGAAAAGCAAGAUGAAAUUUCUUUAGAAGACCUAAUAGAAAAAGAG